GUUCUUUCUGUUCCAUUCACCUUAGAUAACAAUUUUUUUGUUAGACGUCUGCUUUUGAGGAUUCUCUGCAUUCUAACUAUAACUUAGUAUUUUGAAGCUGCUAUUCUGGUUAAGAAUAAUGGGGGACGAGCAAGAUAAAGGGUUGUUUCCGCAUCAUUCUGGUGGUGGAGGCUAUCCUCCUGGGCAGUAUCCGCCAGCAGGUGGAGGCUAUCCUCCCCAGGGCUACCCACCAGCUGGUGGAGGGUAUCCCCCACAGGGAUAUCCACAAGGGGGCGGAGGGUAUCCCCCACAGGGAUAUCCACAAGGGGGUGGCGGUUAUCCUCCACAAGGCUAUUCUCCUGCUGGACACCAUUCAGGUCCACACAUGCCAGGGGGAGUAGCAGGAAUGGUUGCUGGUGGUGCAGCAGCUGCCGCAGCAGCUUAUGGUGUUCAUCAUAUGACUCAUGGUCAUGGGCACGGGCAUGGACAUGGGGGGCAUGGUGGCUAUGCACAUGGGGCGAUGGGAAUGCCAGGCAUGGGAGGCUAUGGCCACGGCAAGUUCAAACAUGGCAAGGGAAAAUUUAAGCACGGAAAGCAUGGGAAGGGCAAGAAGCACGGCAAAAAGUGGAAGUCUAUUGAAAGAAUGUGGGGCAGCGGUCAUAAUCAUCAUCACCAUCAUCAUGGACAAUAUCCAAGCUACGGAGGCUACCCUCCCCAGAGCUACCCUCCGGUUGCUGGUUGUCCCCCACCGGUCUAUGGACCAUCCGGCUACCCUUAUACUCACCAUCCAGGCCAUGGAUCUGGUGUAGUAGGAAUGCUUGCUGGUGCUAUGGCCACGGCGGCUAUGCUCAUGGGGGCUAUGGCGGGCACGGUGGAUACUAUGGACACAAACACGGCAAAUUCAAGCAUGGAAAAUUUGGAAAACAUGGGAAGUUCAAGAAGUGGAAGUAAUUCAUUGUAUUCUUCUCUAAUUAUCAUAAAAUUCAUAAAUAAAAUUGCAAGUCUGAUAUAGAACUUGUAACAUUGUUCCUCUUAUAUAUGCCUUGUACUAAAGAAUUUAUUUCAGAAUAAUACUGAAAUAUUUUUAUUUCUGCCA